CCUAUUCCUAAUACCCCCAGCUUGUGAUUCACACCCUUCUGCUUUGUUGUACGCUGUUUACUCCUUUUUGACUUUCUCAUUCCUUAUGCCGCUACCCAUCUGGCAAACAGCUAGAGCCAUAGAAAUCCACAUAACUGAUUAACUAACCCGAAUUCCAAGGUUAAACGAUACGGUUACGGAAGAUACGAAAGGAUUCGCUACGCUGAAUGAAUUUCUUGCGGCCGAACUGGUGUUCAAUCAACCAAAAACAGAUGAUAACGAUGAGCCACUCACUGCAUAUAAAUCGGGAAGUAAGUCCGAUCAUGAGUGUGAUGGCUCAUACUCAGCCAAUUCCUCGAAGAAGCUAUUCGCGGCGCCACAGUACUUGGACGCACUGGGCAUAUUUGAACGGCCACGACCAACCGAAGUUACAGAAGACCAGGUCAUAGCGCAGUUCCGGGUUAUUUAUGCUCAGUUGGUCAUGGUGGAAAAAGUAUGCAUUAAUGUCGACAAGCAACAUACUGGAUCUAAAAUCAAAUUAUCAUCCAACCUGUGGAAACAAUUGAUAUCUUUCCAUCGAACACUACUUUACAUGCAUUACGACUUCCUUCUUGCAUCCCAAAGUCCCAUCUCCGGUUCCGAGUUGCGGGAAAUUCCUGGGAAUUACCAAAUGCCCGCACGAAUGUGGAGAUACGGUAUUCAUUUGUUCCUAGAUCUUCUUCUAGAAAAUCUCCCGGACUCCUUGGAUUUUCUGAUUGAGUUCAUCCAACUUGCGUACUCGAUGAUGACUCUAUGUCUCGAAAGCUUUGAAGUGUUUUGUGAUAUUUGGAUGGAGUGUCUUGGAGACUUAGCACGAUGUCGCAUGGGCAUUGAAGACCGAGACCAAGAUGUUUGGGCUGAAGCCGCGCGAUAUUGGUAUAACCAAAGCGCUAAUUUCAGUCCCGGCGAGGGCCGUAUCCAGCACCAUCUUGGAGUUCUCGCUUACCCAGACACUCUUCAAAAGCUCUGUCACUAUACAAGAGCGCUGGUCAGUAUCCGUCCUUUUCUCCAUACAAAAAAGAGUAUAGAGCUCGUUUUCAACCCGUAUCAUGAACAUCGAAUGGAUCUGGGUGGGCAUACAAUGACCACUGCGUUUAUUGCCACCCAUUAUACCUUAUACUACAGACGGCCGGUUGAUGAAUUUUCUACUUUGGCAACUUGCUUCUUAGAUCUCUUGCGAAAAGAGGCUGUCCAGGACCAAACUGCACUUUAUAUCAUGUCGUGUAAUUUCGCGUCAGUACUUCAAUACGGAGACCUUGAAGCUAUUGUGGCUUUGGAAAUGGCUCAGAAAGACAGCAAGACAGCUAUAGAGCCAUGCCUUUCUUCACCCAUCUCAAUGUCAGCCUUGGAUCUAGCAACUGAGAUCAAGGACGCUCGCGGUCUAACGGCCGCUAACUUCCAUUUCCCUCCAAUGGCCCUACAAGGCGCUAUUCUCUCUUUCCACACACUCUCCAUACUAAUCGACUCUCUUAAUGAGACUAGUGUAUGUGCAAGUGGGCAUAUCUCAUUGUCAUUUAUCUGGUGUCUAGCCCUACGUCCAAACGCCAUACAACGACUAGAGACACUCAUCCCAUGGACCGAUAUCGCGAGGUUCCUCAACACCCUCAUUAACCCCGACAUAGUCUUCGAAAAGAUUGAAGACAGAGCAUUCCCACGGUACGAGGGCGUGGCUCGUUAUUUACCGGAAGACUUUCUCAUUCGUGGCCAGACCUGGAGCCAACUCUAUUACCCCCACGACUUUUUCCAAGACACAGCUUCGAAGGAGGAGAGGCCAGUGAUUGAAUAUCCUUCCAUCGGUAUCCCUCGAAGGCACAGGUGCCUGUGGUUAGGUGUCCGUAUAGCAACAGCAACCUUCGGUCGCUGGUUUGCAUACAACGGUAGGAAAUUCGACAUCACUCAGCGUGCGCUGAGGAAUGUAUCGAUGCCUCCAUAACAGUAGCACUUAGCCCCUUAUUUGCAGAUUGAGGGAUCUCAACGAGUGACGAUGCCGCACGACGUAUCUGCCAUAUAGGAUCUUGCCAUAUAGGAUCCUGCCAUGCUAGGUGUCCCUAAUCAAUGAAUUUUCCUACCAUUUCUUUCAUACUGAGAUCUUGUGGCUGACAUUGAUUUCACCCCAAUGCACAAAUCUCACUUCCGAUGGCUCUCCGGUUAAGUGGAAAUCUCACAUAGUAAGUGCUGGGGUAUGCACGAAAAGGUCUUUCAGGAGGAUAUCAACGCGUCAAUAGAGAUCCAUUUGGGAACCGAACCAACAAGGUCUCGAAAGUGAAGCAUUUAGUCGAGCGUCUCCUGAGGGAAUUGGACCGAGAAGUAUGUUGGGUGAUGAAACGAAAGUCGUGUUAACGAGAGUAUGGAGCGCGGGUACAAAUGUAUGGGUCUUCUAUUAACAA